CUUCCCCCCCGCCGCUCUGGUCUGCGAUUUGUUCGUUAUCGUCGUCGUCUUUUUUUUAUAGAAAGGAAGCGAAGAGUAAAAAAAAAAAGGAAAGCACAGGAAAAACAAACUCGGCAAAAGCCCCAAUCCUCUCGCAUUCUCUCGACAUCUGUCUCGCAUCGUUUUUUCAACCACCACAAGAAUUCUUUGCCGGUUCUGGAAGGCUUUUGCUCGCCAAACACUGCACAUUUGCAACAUCCAUCACAACGUUCUCAACACCGUCUCCCGAAAGGAAACAAGAAAGAAAAAGAGGCAAAGAAAGGAAACAGGCCUAAAUCCAUUCGCCAGCAACCGCAUUCUGCAUCUACAUCAUCGCCAAUCAACAACCACUGCCGACAACCACCAACACUACUCUUCCAACCCAAUCCGAGAAAACAUCUUUUAAUCGACUGUACUUUACUUCGCCUUCGUCCCCGCCCCCAUUUAUUUUCUCCUUCGCAAAUACAGCAGGAAACCCUCGUACCUCUCGUAAUCUUCAGCGCGCUCCACCUUCGCCCAAAGCAACUGCCCCGGAAACUCUCCAACCAGCUCCGCAGCUGCCUAGCAUUCUUGUUUUUUUGCUUCCUGGAAGGAGUCACAGUCAUCCAUCCGACUACGCUCUUUCCAACUCGGUAGCGACGAUCUCGAGGCUUGCCCCGCGCCUACUUCGUCUCGUCCGGUCCAACAAAGAAAUCUCGUCCUUUGUGGUUCCGACUUGCCUCGACCACAACCGCUUCCUGCCAAGUCCUCUCCGACAAAUCGAGCGCCGUCUGCCUUCACCUUCCGCCGACAUCUUCGUCGCCCAUUCCUUCAUCGUCGCAGUCAUUUUAUUUCCCUGUCGAUUACGCGACCAUCUAAUCAACGCUCGCAACAUCUCGAUUCUACCCAAAAUCCCACCGGUUUUUGGAUCUGAACUUUUUGGCACCUCAUUCCACUCGACUCUGCCGACACCCAUUCGCUGCUAUCCACGGACGAGCUCCGGAUAUUCACUUGGAUCGGUCAAAUUCAUCAUUGUCAACGAACGAUUUUGACAACUCUCUCGAGUACCAUAAUAUCCCCCCUUUCGACGCCUAGCCCUGCGCAUUCUACCUCGACUAUCCUUCUUGUAAUUUGACCCGGUCGCCCCAGCUGUUUGCAAGGCCGCCAUACAUUCUUUCUCCCUUUGACGAUCUCGAGAACCAGUUUGCUCCGGUUGUUCCGCUGUCUCAGCUCCGCGCUCGACACCUACCUUCUAUCUGAGCAAUGGACGCAGGCGGUCUCGCUCAAAUGAACUCGAACAACUUUUCUUCGGCUAACGGCCUUGCCUUACCCGGCGGAGGUCUUGCCUCACGUCGCGGUGGCCCCGUGAAGCCACUUUCUCUCUCCAGCGCCACCCCGACCAGCAAUGCUGCUGACAAUGGAGCGCCAACUCCCCGAACCAGCCGUUCUCACCUGCUCGCAGGCCUAAGGACUGCUCCUAAAUCUGCUACUGCGACCAACUUUUCCGGUGCCAACAGUGUCGCUUCGCCCACCACCCAGUCUUUUGCGAGAAACAACAUGAACUCCAACAUGUACGCUCAGGCACCGGGCAACCAGUACAACGGUCCCAAGACUGCGCUCCCCCGGUACGCGGGUCAGCAGCAGCAGCAGCAAUACAUUCAGCCCCAGCAACAGCAGCAGCAGCAGCAGCAGCAGACUCACCAGUCUGUCUCCACCAGCCAGCACUACAGUGCUGAACAGGUCCUUGCACCGCCCGAGAUCCACUUUGAUGAGCAAGAGCAGAUGGAUCCUAACCUGUAUGCUCAGUUGGUGGCCACCAACAUGUACCUUGCCCAGCAGCAACAGCGCCUGCAGCAGCAGCUUCUCAGCGUCCAGGCCGCCGCUCAGCAAUUCCAGGGCCUGAACCUACAGGGAGCCCAGCAGCAGAUCCAGCAGCAGCAAUUGGCCAUGUACCAACAGCAACAGCAGCUUCAAAGCAUUCAGCAGUCCAUGAUGGGACAGAUGGCCAACCAGCAGCAGCAGAACGUCUACACGUACUACGAUCCUAUCACUCGCCAACAGGGCUACUACGUCGACCAGGGCCAGAAUGACCAGCAGGCUCAGAUCGCUCAGCUAUACGCUGCACUGGCUCAGCAGCAGCAGCAGCAGCAGCAGCAGCACACCCCCCGCGUUCAGGUCUCUCCCCCUCCCGAGAACCACGCUUCCCCAUUCCGCACUUCAACUCCUCCCAGGCGCUACGAGUCGCCCUCCGAGGUGGCUCCGUUGCCUCCCCCAUCGGCGAACGCAUUCCGCCGUGGCCAUAAGAAGGUCAUGUCUUUGGCCCUGAACGGUAACAAUCUGGCCAACCUCUCGCCUUCCCAAGAGCCUCCCAAGUCAGCUGGCCCUAAGACGGCUUCUUUCCCGCUCACCCCCCUCUCCGGAGGUUAUGGACCCGGUCAGGGCCGUGCCGGCGAACACCCCGUUCGCCAGCCCCGGGGCCCACCAUCUAUCGAGGAGCUCAAGGCCAAACCCACCGCAAAGGAAGAGGGCAGCAAGAACUUUGCCACCCGUACUCGGCGUUCCGCUGUGCACAACCUUGUACGUGCUGGACGUGAGCGCAGAAAGGGCCCUGGCAGCUCCAACGGCAGCAUGAGCCCUGUCUCCGAGAGUGCCGAGGAGGAGUCGAGCACCCCUAUCACCGACAACGAGUCGGAUUCUGGUCACAGCGGAUCGGGCAGCCUGGCGGGUGACAUCGACUGCUCCUUCCCCAGCUCAAGGACUUCCACCAACGGCAGCUGGGGUGCUAUCGGUUCCGACCGCCCGGGCUCGCGUCAGAGGGCUCGCAAGAGCGUCGGCAGCGUGAGCAGCAACGAGAGCAGCGAGAACAGCUUCGCCAGCGUCUUCAAGAACUCGGCUCAGCGUGCCGGGAUUGAAGUGACGGAUGGACAGCGCAAGGCGCCCAUGCUGGUCUUGACCAGCGCCGAGAAGCGAAAGAGCGGCAUCAUGGCGUAGACUUGUUGGUCUCUGGACGUUACGACGAUUAUGCGCACCUACGUCUUUCCUUUUCACGACCUGCACAAGGGACGGGUUGAUCCCAAACUCCUUGGACCGC